AUGUGGUGGAGCAUUACCAUUAAUGAACAGAAAGCGCUCUACUCCAUUUCCCAUGCUGCCUUUCGAGGGGGGAGUGGUCGGCGCACGUGUUCGCUGGAUGUCUCGCACGAAGUGAAGUGUGAGAAGAUCCUGAGCUGCAGUCCGUGUGGGUCUGUGCUGCUGCUGCUGCUGCUGCUGCUGCUGGAGGUCAGCAUGGCCGCGCAGGAGGACCAGGCGCUGCUGCUCCUGAUCUUCCAGCACCUGAAGGGAAAUGGCUUCACCAAAGCGGCCCGGGUUCUGGAAAAACACGUUCCUCAGUUAAAGGUGGAGGCGCCGCCAGCAGAAAGUCUGCAUGAAAUCUACACUGGAUGGAUGAAGUUCUGCUCUCUAGCCCAACAUGCCAAGCAGGAGACGGAUGACAGCGUAAAGGAGAAGAGCGUCAAAGUGGAAUUUACCACCAAUGAAGAAGAGGCUGCACUUCCCAAACUCUGUGAUUCCUCAGGAGAAGAUGAAGUGAAGGCCAAGCUUCAGUUUGAGUGUGAGUCAGACAUUGUUGAGUCUUCUCAUCCAGAGAAGAUCCCUGAAAGUCAGCUUGAGCCGCAGCGUGAUGCCAUAAAUUCAGUCCAGUUAGAAGAAUUGGACAGCGAGGGAUCGGACUCCUCUGACACCGAAGUGGAGGAAGAAAAGAUCAAAGAAGAACUGGCAAACAUCAAGCAAGAGGGUUCGGCUAAGGAGUCGGCUGAGGUGUCAAAUGAGGAAAAAGUCUCUCCAGACAUUCUUGAAACACUUCCAUCCAGUCAGCCUGAGGUUGAUCAGGCCUCAGAUGGUGAUCCGACUGACGGGCCUCAGAAGGAUGCAGAAGCCUCAAAGGAGCUGAUCACUCUUUCAAGCACCUCUGAGGUUCCAGAUGAAGCUCCUGCAUCAGAAAAGGUGGAGAUUGAUCUAACGAAAGAUGUUCUCGAUGAAGAGAAGGAUGAGGAAAAGCCUGCUUUGGAGCCGACUGAGCUCAUCAUUGUAGAUCUAACAGAAGAGGAGACAAAUGAUCACCUAGCAGAGAGCCAAGUCCCGCCUCCUGCAGACUGUGCCACAGAGGAGCCAAAAGAUAAAGAAGAGGAGGAGGAGGAGGAGGAGCAGGAAGAAGAAAAUGAUGAAAAAUCUGAGUCUGCUGGGGGCGCUGAUCUCCCUUCUGAGCUGAAUCCUGAUGCUGCUGCAGAAAAGUCAACAAAUGCACAAAAACAAACUGAAGCUGCUGACCCCCCCACCUCUCAAUUUGAUGUGCCUGAAGAACCAGAAGUCUCCAUUAUCCUCAACAUCCAGACUGAUUGUGAAGCAGUUCAACAGGAAAGCAGCCAGUCUGUUCCAGAGGAAUCUUCUGAAAGCUGUGGAGACUCCAAAACUCCCAAAAAGAAGAAAAAGAGGAUGAAAAGAAACAUGGAGAUGCCCAUAACUGACACACAGGCCACAGACACACCCUCCACCAGUGCCUCUGACCCGAGUGAGACACCUCUGACCAGUAAGGCCUCCAAAAAGAAGAAGAGACACCAGAAGAGGAACAAGGCCGACCAGAAGAAAGAGGAAGACCCGGCAGAGGAGGAGGAGGAGUUCAUUCCUUUAGCUGCAUCGGAGAAGAAAAAGGCAAAGAAGAGGAAAAGAGAUAAAGAAGCUGUUGACACUACUUUUGAAACCAAAACUACAAAGACGGGAGUUAAAGACUUGGAGGAAGAGGAGAAUACUCCAGCAGAAAUGACAGAAAAACCAAAGAAGAAAAAGAAAAAAAAGGAGAAGGAGGCGCCAUCUGAAGAAGCACCAGCAGAAGGCGACGAGGAGACAAAGAUGGAAAGCAUUGAUGAUGGCAGCACUGCUCUGCUCUUUUCAGGAAAAAAGAAGAAGCGUCUGUGCAGGAAGCUGAGCCUGAGGACAAGACAGAGAUUUCAUGGGAAAAAGGAGAAGAUGAGGAAGAUGAUGAACAGCAUGCAUAGCAGAAAGAAGCUGAAACAAAACAAAGAAACUGUGGAUGAGAAGACUCAGAUGAAUCCAGUCAAAGGAGCCCAGACUGAACACGAGACAGAGAUCAAACCACCAAAGAGGAGGAGGAAGAAGAUGAAGAUCAUUACGGAACAGGAAGAAAGUUCCUUAAAGGAAAACGAGCCUCCAGCCAAAGAGAAGAAAUCCAUGAAAAUGAGGGCUAAAAACCGAGCGGAGGAAGAAUUUCCUGAGGAAGACUUGUGUCUUCUUUCAAAUGGAGAGAAAAAAAAGAAGAAAAAGAAGAAAAAGAAGGAUGAGGAUGAAAACGCAAAUAAAAGUCCAGGUUCUGUUGAGAUGAGUCAGCCUCCACUGUCUAAGAAAAGAAAGAAGCGCAGCCUGAAGGCCGGACUGGAGGAUGCAAGUCUGGAUGCAGACUCUCUCACUCCUGCUGUUUCUGCUAAAAAGAAAAAGUCCUCCAGCUAGACAAUUACCUGAUUGCAUCAGUGGUUUCUCCUGGAUCAGACGGCGGGUGAGGAGGUCUGCAUGUUGGACCUGAAAGCCAAAGAUCAAAACACGUUUGUGCCUUUUUCCUUUACAGUUCUGAGGAAUUUGUAAAGGAACAGUUGUGUGUUUCCUUUUUCACGGUCUUUAGUUUGUCAGUUAGUUUACCUCAGGUCUGACAUAAAGAAUUAGCCUGUCACGUUUAACUGUGAAAUCCUUUCAGCAACAUUUCUUUUUGAGGAAAUGUUGACUAUUUGAUGUUUAAAAAAAAGACCAAGCUUUUUGGGAAAAAGAAAGUUUGACCUGUUACAGUUUGGAUAUAGAUAAAAAUGUAUUAACACAAGCUUAAAACUACUUCCACACACUCCUGGAAAAUGACUGUAGCAAACUGAUGCUUGUCACAAUGUUGUUUACACUCGGUCUAUAAGCUGUGAAGUUUUCUUUAACUAUGCACCAAAGUUUCUGCUGUUGGAGGGACUGUUAAAGUUGCUGUAAUAAACAGAACGUCUGA